AUGAUCGUGGGGGAGGUGAUCGCCGUUGUCGCCUGUGUGGCAGCAGUCGUCUCCGCAUACCACGAUGGCAACCAGCUUUUUGAGGCCAUCAAGAAAAAAUGGAAGAAACACCGUCGUCCACCAGCCCUCACCAGCGAAGCAAGCCCUACCGAUCUCGAGUGGUCACUACGGCGUGGACGAGAAGAUAUUCUGACCGAGUGGAAUGCCCACACCAGCCGACUAGGCCGCCAUUUCGAAGAUGGCGACCCGCUGGCUCGCGAGCAGAUGAAGGACAUCGUGAUCGAGUUGCAGAGUGCUUUACUCGCAAACUUGCGUGAGAAUAACGCUGACUUUGAUCUGAUGGCUCUGGUUCAAGCUUCCGAUCGCGGUCGGAUCAAAACCAUUACGGUCUUUCAUAACUUAUACCAGCGGCUCACCCAGGCUGCCCCCAUUCCACCACCCAUCAGUUUCGGUCCCGUCCCAAUCGAUCCCGCUUCAAGGCUAUUUUACUGGAUCAACCUCAUCGAGAAUCAGUAUUUGGCUCAACUCCCAUCUUCCCGGUACAUACAGAGCAGAUCAUCAUUCCCCGGGGCCAGGGUCUUAGCAGGAAGCUCGUCGGGUCCACAGCUUGACAUGUUGAAUUUUAUCCGCCAGGUAGAGGAACAGGCGGUCUCGCCACAAUCCAGGAGGUCCUCCGGCUCAAGGGCCUCCUUCGGAAGUCUCCUUUCGGGUCGUCGGCGAUCCUCGGUCGAGGCGUACUCUCCACGAGGCGAGUCGAGCUCUCACUUUGGCAGCUUCGGGUCAGGUGCGGGUCUUCCGCCCAUGCUUGAAAUGCCCGACCAGUAUACGAUCGUCGAAAGGCCACCGGAGGGUUCUUACGGCUCGGUCGGUGCAUAUAGAGCUGAUCUCCAGGAUUAUAUUGAGCAAAAUCAAAUCAAUCGAAUCACUGCGGCUCGACUGCAACAGAAUAUACAGCGAGAGCUAGCGCAGCAAGAGAUGCCAGAGUACACCCUCCCAACUGAGGUUGAUUCCCGUCAGCAUGAUAGUGCACCCUCAUCAUCAGGUGGGGACGAUAUGAACUACGACCCUCUCACUCUUGAAAUGACCGCAAACCCGUGGAUCAUGGACGCGGGUCAGACGACCACGACCUCAUCGCGCAUAGACGUGGACCCUAGAGCGUCAGACAUGGAUUGGACUCGAACUUAUACUCCUGAGCCAAUCCCUGAACCGGCCGCCCAUAUGCAUCCACUUCGAACGAACAUAGUUGAUUCCAGGUACCUCCUAGGCAUGGAAACACCGUGGGCAGAGGAGUUCAGUCCAUUGGAGAACGUUGAACGACGUAGAGCAGCGAUGAUGGAUACUGGUAUCGAGUCUAGAGGCUUCAUCCCCCAACUUCGACCCGAAGAGACCAUCCGACAAGAACACUAUACAAGCCCCCGCCCUCAUCCCCCUCCCUCUUCCCGAAAUCGUCCAAAUUCACAACCCGGACGUCUACCCCAGACCAACCUCCGCGACCCACCUACCCCAGUCACCACCGGCACAUCACCCCCAAUCCGCACUCCCAUCUCACGCCCCACACUCACACCAUCCAUCUCCUCCACCAACUCCGGCACAUCCUCAGCAUCCUCCGACCGCCCACCCCGCAACUGCUGGCCCCCCAGCAACGACAACAACUACGCCGGUUUCUGCAAAGGCGCCUGGAAAUUCUCCUCCGGCCUCGGCGGUUUCAAAGUCCACUCUGAACCAAAAGGCUACUACUCCAUGGUCUCAAAAUGGCGCUGCGCAACCUGUUUCUUCGAAAUGCCCCUCGACACGGACUCACGCCGGAACGACCCGAAAGUCAAUACCGAAGUAUCAACACACCCUUCUACGGGCAUCCAAUACCGCUGGGCGUUUCUGGCAAAGAGUCAUAUGAAGUGUAAGCGGUCGCUGACGGGGGAGUUGAAGGAACCACGUGGUCCGUUCGGAUGUAUAUUUUGUUGUCGGGAGCUUGGGGGGCCGGUUAGGGCGUUAGAGGGGCUGGAUACAUUCAUGAGGCAUCUUUUGGAGCAUCGGGAUUGUGGGGAGGGGGCGCUUUUGGAGAGGGCGAGGUGUGUUGUUGGGAGGGUUGCUGGGGUGGAGGAGGAUUUUGAUGUUAAUAUUCCUCCGCUGGAGGGGUUUGAGAGUUCCUAA